AAGCAACAACACUGGCCCCAAAGCUCCGUGAGUUUUAUCUGGCAUGUAACAUGAUACCAUACAAGAUACUUCUACAGCAGUUAUGCAAGAGCAUCAGUAGACAAAUUAAGGGAAUUUUUUUUUUUUUUAACCACAAGCUUCCUGUGCAUCCGCCUUCAGGUGGGCGGUGACCGACUCCACACGUUAAACUAUAUUAAACUGCCAGAGUUUAAGCAGGCAUUCUUCUUCUGCAGAUUCAUCAGCAAACAACUCUGAAAAAGGUCUGAAGGCCGUGAUGGAGAUGAUCAAUUCCUCUUCCUACAACUUCAGUACAACUGCUGCACCUCCUGGAGAGUAUUUUGACGAGUAUGCUGAUUUGAGAAAGUCUCUCAACGUCAUGUCCAUGAUAGUUUACUCUCUGGCCUUUGUUCUCGGUGUGGUCGGGAAUGGAGUGGUCAUCUGGGUGACCGGGUUCCUGAUGAAGAAAACGGUGAACACGGUUUGGUUCCUCAACCUCGCCGUGGCCGACUUCCUGUUCACAGCAUUUCUACCCUUGGCGGUGGUCUACCUGGCGCUGGAUUUCCACUGGCCCUUCGGCAAUUUCAUGUGCAAACUGAACACCACAGUCAGCUUUCUGAACUUGUUCACUAGUGUCUUCUUUCUGGUGGUGAUCAGCAUGGACAGAUGCGUGUCGGUGGUUUGGCCCGUUUGGGCGCAGAACCACCGUAACGUACGCAAGGCCUCCUGGGUGAGUCUGGGAGUUUGGGUGGUGGCUUUGAUUCUCAGCAUUCCAUAUUUCGUCUUCAGAGACACCGAGGUUUUCCCCGAGGAAGACUUCACGCUCUGCUUCAACAACUUUGCUCUUUCCGAUGACUACGAAACGCCAUCUGUGCUUCAGCUGCGACAAUUUCGUCACGAGGCGCUGGUCAUCACCCGCUUCCUCCUGGCAUUCGUCAUCCCCUUCACUGUCAUCGUCUCCUGUUACGCCAUCAUCAUCCACCGUCUCAGGAGAAACCGAACCCUGGCCAGUCAGACCAGCCGCCCAUUUAAGAUCAUCGCUGCCAUCAUCAUCACAUUUUUUCUGUGCUGGGUUCCAUUUCACAUCAUGGGUCUAACUGAGUUGGUAAAAUUCUCAGCAGAUGAAUCAUUAGAGUUAGUCAUCAGUGUCGGCAUCCCCAUAGCCACCAGUCUGGCCUUCCUCAACAGCUGCCUGAACCCACUGCUGUAUGUGUUCAUGGGCCAAGAUUUCAAAGAUAAAGUCCGCAAAUCCAUCCUGAAAGCGAUGGAGUCGGCCUUCCAGGAGGAGGAGGAGACUCGCUCCACCAAUGACACGAAACCAGGGGAGAGCAAAGAGAGGUCGGCAGCUGAUGAAACUGCGGUAUAAAGCUAUCUGUGAAGAAACUUAUACUGAAAGUGCAAACAAUUUGGACUCAAAUGUCAAUGUCAAUUUCAAAUGGAUUUUACCAAGCUCUACAUAUUAUCUCAGAAUAAAUCAUUUUACAGAGAUAACGUUAGAUUUUCUAUGACUUUUCUGUAUGCUUUGCCAGCUAAUCAGAACCAUGAAGACUGAUGGUACAAUAUGCUGUGAUGCUUUAUGUUGACUGAACCUUCUCUCAACAAGACAGUGGAGCAUUUUUAACUGUAAUAGAAUAAAUGGAUGAACCAGA